AUGUUAGACCAUUUAUACCGCUUCACGCGCACCACCCCAGGUCUCGAAAAGACCCUCCGUCUCGUCCAAUCCUUCUGUGUGCUUGCCCUGCAAAUACCCACUCUGGAAAAUGAGUCCAUUUCGCGAUUCACCACCGCCAAGACACAGUUUGCUUUGACAAGACGCUUCCUCCGCUUCUUCAACUUCAUCGACUGCUUCAACAAGGCGUUUGCCUUGCUGGGCAGUCCCUCUUCCGCUCAUGGUAAUGUCAUCAAGACAGUCAUUGAGAUAAGUAAAUGGUCCUGCUUUGGAUGUUACUUUCUUCUGGAAGAUUUGACUCUCUUACACGCAACAUCCAUCUACCCAAACCCAUACAACAAAACCAUAUUAACAGAAGCGAACAAAUUCUGGUUCUAUGCGCUGGGGUUCUCGAUCUUGGGUGCUGCUUUUGAUAUUACGUUCUCUUCGGCGUCAUCUGCAUCUAAGACGAAGGAUGAGAAGGAGAAGAAGCAAGCUCCUUCUUUAAACCGCUUCUCGCUACUGAAGAAGAUGCUCUGUGUUGAUGCUUGUGAUCUGCUUAUCCCUGGUACCUUUUUGGGGUGGAUUGAAAUGGGUCAGUUAGGGGUUGGUGUUGGGAUGGUGAUUAGUACCCUUGUUUCGGGGUGGGAUAUGUGGAAGGCUGUUUGA